AUGGCGAGUCCUGUUGUGAACGUGGUGCGAUACAGUGCACUUGGGGGCGGAAUCCUGUACGGAAUCUUCCACCGACGGACUCUCCAAACUCGACUUGACAACGAACGGGCACACGAGCAGGAGGUGAAACAUGAGCAUUUGAUCAAGCAGGCGAAAGAGGCAUGGCAGAGGAAGAAAGACUCCAGCUUGUCUAACCUGAUCACCGACCCCGAUGAUCCUCGAUUCGAUAUUGACAAGCUCAUUGCCAAGUACGAGUCCGAGUCCAAGUGA